ACAGUGCAUACAUGACUGUGACACUCUAGUCACAUCAGUGACAGUGUAUUACAUGACACUGACACAACUCAGUGAGUGAAUGUAACAAUGAAGGCCGUAGUGUUGUGACCAGCGAGACACACGACACCAAGUGUGACACACACCAGCACUGCCUGCGACACGAGUCACCGGAUAACAGGAUCCAGUCCAUCGCUCAAGCGUGAACAGUUGACACUGGCAUGACAAGCGGCUGUGAGACUCACGUUGGCAGCGGCGCCGUGUGGAUGUCAAUAGGCUUCCUGGUUGAGCUGUCUACGAGGUCAACAUGAGGUCAACAAGUACUGACAGCUGCCCCUUGACAUCAAUGUGUCUGUGACACUCAUGGCAGCCUACAGAUGUCAUGGCUGGCUCCUGGAUCACAUUCCUUGCUGUGCUGUGGGCCGUGUGUGGAUCUCUAGGAGUGCGAAUAAUCAACUGCAACAACAACCAGGUAGAAAUAUUUGAAGACUCACCUGCUCCAGUCACGUGUGGUGACAUCACCAGUACAGCUGAUGUUGUCUGGCUACCAGGAGAUGGAGGCAACAUCGGAGAGUGUAAAGCUGACGGUAGCUGUAGUCCUGGUACAGCCUUAUUCACCGACUUCACACUCAGCAGGUCACCGCAGUCCACAGAGAGUCAGCUGACCCUUGUCCCUGAUUACCGACGUCACGCGGGUGUCACGGUCACGUGUCUGGACAGAGGGAGUGGCUCCACAGCCUCCUGUACUCUUGUCAUUAGACGUCACUCUGAGCUCAGCGAGUGUCACGUGACCACCAACCCUGUGGACUGGACUGUGUCAGGUUCAUGUCGUGUACAACAAGCUUUCUCCUCUGAUGACAUCUACAGCUGCAGCUGGAAAAUGAACGAUGGACAGCAGACGUUUGGAGGGUUUGACAACAAUCGUGAGAUGUGUUCAUUCACCAAUAAACCAUUGCCACCCGAGAAGGGAGUCUACACAUUCACCAUAGUUGUCUUCCCGCCGCCUACCACCGCAUUUUCACAGACUGUUACAACAGGAAGUGUUUUUACUCCUGUCACACUAUCAACGACACCAAAUGUUACAGGAGCAGAUCAUUCCCACGAGCCACCAGGCUCCCUGGUGUGGAUUAUUGUGGGUGUUGUUACCGCUGUCGCUGUCGUUGUCAUUCUCAUCACUGUGAUCGCCAUUGCCAUCAAUCGACGAAAGUGCAAAUUUCACGCGGUUACAAAGGGAAAGCCCAGCAAUAAAGAAUACGAUGACUUUGAAGAGGACAUCAAUGUAGUUUACCAUCCGGCAGACGGUCAAUGUCCACAAGUUACAGAUGCUGAGCAGCAUUAUUAUUCAACUCCAUUCGAUGUCACAUCUAAGAUGUGGUCAGCCACAACCACACCCACUGACAUCAUAGACAAGGAAGGACCGAGACACGUGACAGCGCUGUAUGACUAAUCAUCGCAUCCUGGCGCCGUGAUGACAGGGUGGGACGAUGGAACCUUUCUAGGAACUGGGUGAGCAGGAACAAUGGAACCUCUCAGCCACCCACGAAUGUCACGUCUCCACGGAACAAGAAAACCCUUUUCGUGAUUCAUGUGGGUGGUGCAAAAGUGAAAUCUUUAAGAGAAAACUCAGAUGUAAUGCUGAAAGAGGACAAGGAACUUAUAUCAAGGACAAACCUAAGAAAACCAAUCCAUCUUCACCAGGAUUCACUGUGUCGCUCACACAACCGCCGACGCACAAAAACUCCGAAAGAAUGAGACAUUAUAGACAGCCUCGCCAUUGUGAUUGAUGAUUCCCGUGGCUAACAUCUUCUUUUUGAAAGAAAGUGGAGAGGGAUUCUGUGGGCUUUCACAUUUAAUAAAAAUACCCAAAUUUUCUAAAACCCUUAUGUCGAUGUGUAGUUUCAUGCAUUACGGUUUUAAUUUUGACAGAAUAGACAUCCGCCUACAGUUCUUGUCAGAUUUUUGCUAUUCCAGUAAACACGUUGAGUUCCUCCUCAAAUGUAAGAUGAUACUCGUGUGCAUAUUUGUGUAUUCCUGUAUCCGUACCUACUUGAAUAGUGAGCAAUUGGUGUUGUUCUCAUUCAACUACAUUUUACAAAGGGUCGGUGACACUAGUAAAUGUGUAACAUGUCCCACACACAGAUGUCUAAAGAUGUCGCUAGUUGCCAGACUUAAUUGUGUCCUACCCUGGCCACAGUUUUCUAGAGACCAGAGGCGGAAGCUCGUGUCACGAGGAUGAUAACAGUUUUCCGCUGUCUGCACAUCAAGAGGUGGAUGAUGACUGUAACGAUGGACGGAUGCUCACUUCCUGUUUAGAUGUCAGAUGAUGAAUCACAAUAGCAGUCACCAUGACAACACGUCGACAGCUCAUGGCUUAAACCUCUCAAUGUACAGCGCCACCUGCAGCACUGACCUCAGGACAAUAAAUUGCUGGAAAGUCUGAGCAUCGCGUAAACUUGCCAAUGAUUUGCUUUGAAACAACAGUACUGAUGAUUGUGACAUAAGGCAAGUGUUGGCCUUAUUCCCAAAAUGAACAAUCCGUAUAAGGUU